AUGAAACUCAGCACAUAUAGCCACCGCUUUACGGCACCGCAUCCCCCUCCCGCAGACCCCGUAGUCGCCCCGGAGCUCGCAGACAAUUCCGACAUAGGCGAAAUCGAUGAGCCCCACUUCUUCCCCAUGGUCGCGCAGCAAUACCUCAGUGCAGGUCCCUCCACCACCUCAUCCGAUGAUGAUAACGACUCUGGCAUUGGCGCGCUUGCCGAUAACAACAUAUCGCCGCAAAAAGUGCGCACGGGGAUGGCCUACCAGCCUAUGGAGCCCGGGUUCAAUGAGCCCAAUACACACGAUCCCGAUUUGAGCGGUCUGGCAACAAUGCACUGCAAAAGCCCUUCGAGUGAGGGGACACCAUAUACUCCCUCCCACCGGUGGAAAACGCAGUAUCCGCCGAUGGAACCAGAAAUUGGGAUUGAGAAAACAGCACCAGAACCGGAGGCUCCGAAGACCCCCGUGAGAAGACCACCAGGUGGUGGAAGUUACACCACGCCUAGGCGUAGGGUUUCAAAGUCGCCGAAAAGGGGUAAACGGCUGUCUGUUAUUCAUGAAGCUGUAGGAAGUGACUCUGGUGGAGAUGAGCGGAAGUCCAGAUCAAGGAUCCAGAGGCAUUUGAUCAAACGUGUGCCAGGGUUGUCGAAAUAUGAAUUUUUGAGGCUUAGGGCGGAGAGGAGAGUUAAGGCGUGGAGAUAUGGCUCUCCGCAGAAGGGGAAGGCAACUAUAGCGUAG